AUGGUAUCAGAGCAAGAUAAUUCCAAAAACCCAAACACCAUCAAUAACAGUCACGUGAAACCCGAUCUAGCUAAAGGAGUCAUUCACGCCAAGACUGCUCACCAAGUAUGGCAAGAUCUCAAAGAUCAGUUUUCACAAAAGAACGCGCCAGUAGUAUAUCAGAUUCAAAAAUCAUUGGCUUCACUCUCACAAGGUAACAUGAUUGUUUCUUCCUUUUUUACAAAACUCAAAGGCCUUUGGGAUGAAUUAGAUGCGUUUCGAGCCCUUCCCGCAUGCAACCAAAUGAAAGUGCAUAAUGAUCAAAUUGAAGAAGAUCGUUUAAUGCAAUUUCUUAUGGGUCUAAAUGAUGUCUAUAACGUUGUUCGAUCAAAUAUUCUCAUGAUGUCUCCGCUGCCCAAUGUUCGUCAAGCCAAUUCACUUGUUAUUCAAGAGGAAACGCAGAGACAAAUGACACUAGAAUCAACAGAAAGUUUCUCUAUCGCAGCUGCAGUUCAUAGACGUGCCAAUAGUUCAACAAAUUCAAGGAUAAGCAGUGUGAGCAUUGCAAUCGAAAAGGCCACACAAUUGAGAAUUGUCGCACUCUGA